CGAUGACUGCCCGUCUGACAACCAAUGAAAGUUGACCACCUCGCAGGUGAUUUUUGUGUGAAGAUUUAAUUGUAAAAUUGUGGUGAUAAAUAGUGAAAUAGGCGGUGAAUUUGUGCAAAAAAGGACAAUUAAUUGUGUUUAAAUGACUGUAUUGUCCAAAAUUGAGCAAUACUUGUCUUCUAGUACAUUAAUUUGAUGCUUUAAAAUGCGGACCAUCUGGAUUGCUCAAGCUAUUUUUCUGCUAAAUCUCGGCUCAUUUGUGUGGACAGCAGACCCUCAGGGUCCCGAUGGGACAACCACCAGAUCCACUCAGCCCUCGGAAUCCAAUCUACGCAAGCACAGUGGUGGUGAUUCUGAUGACACCGAAGAUGCUCCUGGCAAUCAAGACACACUGCACAUCUACAGUCCCAUCAAACUAGUGAAAGCACCAGACUUGUCGCAAGAGAAAGACCCUCAGAAAGUCAGUGAGAUGCUGUCAGACAUCCUGGAGAAGCAUACAAAGUGGAUUGAGAAGAUGGAGGAGGAGAUUAAAGAGAUAGACAGUGAAAAUAAGGAGUCAGCCAGUGAGACAGCCAAGGAGCCCACACCUGAAGAACUCAAAGCACAGAGUCUGUACGAAGAAGCACUGUCAGUCCUCAAUAGAACCCAUCCUCUACGAUCAAUUGCCUAUGGAUUGAUAGAGGAGGCUGCAAAUGCUGGACAUGCCAAAGCUCGUGCUCAGUAUGCUUGGUUUCGCCUCCUGGGCAAUCCAAUGCUCAACAUGAACAUGACUCUGGUGCACGAAAUCUUUUCAGAACUGGCAACUGAGGGGCUUCCUGAAGCUCACAUGGGGCUGGGCUUGAUGUAUGCCACGGGAAUUGGGGUUAAUGUCAGUCAAGCUAAGGCACUGGUGCACUACACAAUGGCAGCUCUGGGUGACAAUACAUGGGCCCAAAUGGCUCUGGGAUAUCGGUACUGGGCAGGAGUCUCUGUGGCCAGUAGCUGUGAGAAGGCAUUGGAUUUCUACCGUCGAGUAGCUACAAAAGUAGCUUCUGAGGUCACAUUUUCCGGCGGAGCUGCAACUCAUCGCAUCCGACUACUGGAUGAAGUUGAAAAUUCCGGCAUGAGUUCAGGAAUCCUGGACAAUGAUCUCAUAGAGUACUACCAGUUGCUGGCGGAUAAAGGUGAUGUCCAGGCUCAGGUGGGAUUGGGUCAAUUGCACUAUCAAGGUGGUCGGGGUAUUCCUCUGGAUCACUACAAAGCCCUUCAGUACUUUUCACAGGGUGCUCUGGCUGGCAAUGCCAUUGCAAUGGCCUACCUCGGCAAGAUCUAUCUCGAAGGUAGUGACAAUAUCAAAGCGGACAAUGUAACAGCUCUAAAGUACUUCAAGAAAGCUGCAGAAUUGGGAAAUCCCGUGGGACAGAGUGGUCUGGGCAUAAUGUACCUGCAAGGAAAGGGAGUACCCAAGGACACAGCCAAGGCUCUCAGCUACUUCACCCAAGCCGCUGACCAAGGAUGGGUCGAUGGUCACCUUCAGCUGGGCAAUAUGUACUACAGUGGAAUUGGUGUUAAGCGUGACUUCAAGAUGGCCUACAAAUACUUCAAUCUAGCUUCCCAAUCGGGUCAUGUACUGGCCUACUACAAUCUAGGCCAAAUGCACGCCAUUGGCCUGGGAAUGAUUCGAUCGUGUCCAACGGCCGUCGAGCUCUUCAAGAAUGUGGCUGAACGCGGAAAAUGGGGUGAAAUCUUGAUGCUGGCCCAUCAGGAUUACCGGGAUCACAAGUAUUUGGCAGCAUUUAUGCAGUACGCCCUUAUGUCUGAAUUGGGCUACGAAGUGGCUCAAAGCAAUGCAGCUUUUCUGCUGGACAAAGGAGAACUACUAACAGGCCUGUUCGGUCUAUUCGAGGAUCAUUCUGAAGAACUCGUGAGGGCUCUACAGUACUGGGGCCGGGCAGCUGCUCAGGGCUACUCUGCAGCUCAGGUGAAACUUGGUGACUACCACUACUACGGUCUGGGCACUACGGUGGACUAUGAGACGGCAGCUGCCUACUACCGAAUGGCAUCAGAUCAACAGCACAAUGCCCAGGCCAUGUUCAAUCUGGGCUAUAUGCACGAGCAGGGUCUGGGCAUGAAGAGGGACUGGCAUUUGGCGAAGAGAUGCUAUGAUUUGGCAGCUGAAACUAGCAAUGAUGCCAAAGUGCCCGUAGCCUUGGCUCUCAUUAAGUUACAGAUCCUUUUCAAAUGGGAAUCACUUAAGAAUAGUCCUUUGGGAAUCAUCUUCCAUCUGGAUGAGAAUAUUGCAUCCAAUUGGGAUUUGUAUCUUAUUACAAUUCUUACACUUAUUCUGGGCUUUACAAUUUGGCUCAUGAGACCACCACAUCAGCAGCCAGCUGAGCCACGACCACAGCAACCUCAGCAGGCUCAGCCAGCACCUCCGCCACAGCCUGAAGACAAUGCCAGGAGACUGCCACCAGAGGAGCAGGUACAAUAGACUUUUAUGGGCAAGCAAUAGCUCUGAUUAAGGGAAUUAUCAAGAGAGAAGUCACAUGGAAGAAAAAAACUAUGGAUUUUUACAAAUGUUGCGAUGGGAGAUAAAUUGCAGUUCCCCCCCCCUCCCCAAAAAAAAAGAGAGAAAAAUUAAAAUAUUAUAAAAUUAGGAUUUAAUAUCGUAAAUGUUUACUCGAGAAAAUUGCUGUAAAUAGAAAUUUAAGGGGA